CAGGUGGCGAGUUUCACUGACACUAGUUAAAGUUAAAGGAAGGUGUAGUCGCCUGUGGAUAUGCUUUCAGAGAAACAACAUCUGAUCGAGGCUCAUUUGGAGCCUCUAAGAUGGACAAACGCUCCGGAUGAAAAAUACUCAGACUCUUCAUCAGAGCUGAGCGACGAUGCCUCCAGCGUGGACGGCCUGUGGCAGCCUGAGCGGCUCUGUCAGGAGACGGACGCGACGUCUGGGGCCGAGACCGACGCCAGACGUCUGGCCAGGAGGAAACUUUACAUCGCCUGCGCCGUCAGCAUCGUCUUCAUGACUGGGGAGGUGAUUGGUGGAUACGCCGCUCACAGUCUGGCCAUCAUGACAGACGCGGCUCAUCUCCUGACCGACUUUGGCAGCAUCGUGAUCAGCAUCUUCUCUCUGUGGAUCUCGCCCAGGCCUCAGACGCACAACAUGACCUUUGGGUGGCAUCGAGCAGAGAUUUUGGGCAUGUUGCUGUCCGUUCUGUCUAUCUGGGCCGUGACAGCAGCGUUGGUCAUAUCAGCCGUACAGAGGAUCACCGAUGGAGACUACGACAUCGACAGUCAGAUCAUGCUCGUCACCUCAGGUUGUGCUGUGGCGGUCAACAUCCUGAUGGUCUUCAUCCUCCAUCAGUCCGGUGCCUCACACGGCCACGGUCACAGCUUUCCCAGCGGUCAGCUGCAUCAGGAACAUGACCACCACCGUCAUGGUCACCAUCACGGCAACGCCAGUGUGAAGGCGGCUUUCAUCCACGUGGUGGGAGAUCUGGUGCAAAGUGUCGGAGUCCUGCUGGCUGCCACCAUCAUCCACUUCUGGCCUGAAUAUAAAGCAGCCGAUCCGAUUUGCACGUUCCUGUUCUCCGUUCUUGUUCUUGGAACAACACUCCCGGUUACAAAGGAUGUUUUCAGAAUACUGAUGGAGGGCGCUCCUCAGCACGUUCGCUUCGGCGCCGUCAGAGAUCUGCUGCUGUCUGUGAGAGGAGUUACGGCUGUUCACAGUUUGCACAUGUGGAGCCUCAACAUGACUCACUCUUUACUUUCUGUCCACGUGGCCGCAGAAAGAGAAGCUGAUGCACAGAUCGUCCUCACGAAGGCGACAAACCUCCUGCGCUCUGAGUUUGGUUUCUCUGGCGUCACCAUCCAAGUGGAGCGUUAAGAAGACGACGGCGACGACGACAGCGGGGCUGCUUCUGCUUCACGGCCUCCUUUAAAUCUCACUGUUUACAUCGAGUGUUGUGCACGCGUCCG